UAACGCUGCUGUUUGUAGCAUGUAGCGUUAGCUGUCCUGACAGCUAACGGAGUAAAGUCCACUUGUAUAGAUUUUUUUCUUUCUUUUCUUCUUUUAAGCUUGAUCUGUUUGCCACUCUUAUCACAGGGUCAAAGAGCUUGACAGUGCCGUCCGUUGGCAUUUAAGGUAACAGCAAUGGAGCAUGGCGAGGGAUCUAAGACAGAGGAUGACAAGUCUGAGCCCGUUCUUCAUACACAGCAAUUAUGCCGCUUCUUCUCUCAAGGUCGACAUUGCAAUUUUGGAAAGAAAUGUAAAUUUCUUCAUAUAAGAGAUGACAUCAAAGCUCAUGAGGAAAAGACAGGUGACACACCAAGCCAAUUGGAUGCCACACCUUCAAACUCUCAGGGUGCCAGUGAGCAUAAGAGUCACAGGCCCCUGCCCAGUUAUAACUUCAUGGGUGUCUCAGAAGUUGCCCGUCGCCCCUGUCGCUACUUUCUCUCAGGCCAUUGCAUCAUGGAGGACAGAUGUCGCUUUUGGCAUCCACAACAGUUACCUUCACAGGAUGACCCACCUGUCCCUCGCAAUUACAGAAGGGCCACACCAAAUGUCCCUCCAGUUUCUGGCCCCCAGGAGGUGAAACUGUGUGACAUGACAGAGGAUAAGGCCAAGCAACUGCGAGACACUGAGAUCAUGCAGUUGAAGAAGCGCUUUCCCAAAGAUCAUCUGAUUAUUCAGGAAAGAAGUGAUGGCAAAGUGACGUACUACAGGUUGACUGUGGAGGCCACCGAUCCAGACUGGCCUUUCGAUUUGAAAGAAAUUGACAUCAUGGUGAGCUUUCCAGACAACUACCCUCAAGAGAUUUUCACAUUGGAUAUACCACUGGACCAGGAUCUUCCCCCAGUAAUGGCAAAGCACGUACAGCAAGCAUCUUUGGAGUGGCUUCAAGCCAAACAUGCAACCAAUCAGCUGCUGGGGAAGGUGGAACUGCUUUUUCGGCCUCUUCUUCGCUGGUUGGAUCGUAGCUUGGAGCGACUGUUCAUUGAGGGAGCCAGAGAGUUAAAAAAAGACGUUGAUUUACAAAAAGCUGGACUGCAGUUUAUAUCAUAUCAGGAGCUCCAGGCGGCAGCUAGUGAGAAUGCAGGUGUUACUGGUGCAGAUGCAGUUGAAGAACCGUACAAUGAAAAUGAAAUGGUGGAAGGUGUGGAGCCAGUGGAGGGAGGGAAGUUGGAGCAGCAGGAGAUUCUGGGUUCUGAUGAAAGUCAUGUGCAAGAGGAUGCAAGUCAUCUGGUGGAGAACAUUAAGAUCAGUGAUCCCCGCAGAGGCACAGAAGUGAAGCUGCUGGGACUGAUGCUGGGAGAGAACACAGCCACUGUGGUUGCUGAACAGAUUACCGUUUGUCUGCAGUGUAACAGGUGCAAGGUGACUGCAGACUUGACACUCACUGGAAAGACACCCUGCUCUGCUCAGUGUGAAAAGUGUAAUGCAAACAUAAAUGCUGCAUUCAGGCCCUGCAUGCUCCACCACUACAGUGAUGUCCUGGGAUACUUGGACCUCCACAAUGCUGCACCUGCUGAUCUUGUACUUCAGGACUGUGAACUCACUGUGGGAUGCCUCACCUGCUCUCAGGAGAUUCCUCUGCAGAAUGUUUUCUAUGGACAGUUAAAAGAGAUCAUUUGUGAGCACUGCCACAGCAAACUCAGCAUCCUGGCUGAGAGCGCAAGAUUUCAGUAUAUUCAGCCUCGCACCUCAAACAAAGCAGGUUCAAGUGGUGUUAAUUACAAGACAAUAAGAGAUCCAGCUGUGCAAAAGGGAAAGCCACUGCCAGAAAAAGGAACAUGCAAACAUUUCAAACAGAGCCAUCGCUGGCUGAGAUUCCCCUGCUGUGGCCGAGCUUACCCCUGUGACGUGUGCCACGAUGAGAACCAGGACCACCCCAUGGAGCUCGCCACCAGGAUGAUUUGUGGCUUUUGUGCCAAAGAACAGCCAUAUGGUAAUGGAAAGUCUUGCAUCAGUUGUGGAAGCAUGAUGACGAGAGGGAUUUGGACCAGCCACUGGGAAGGAGGACUGGGAUGCAGAAACAAAGUCAAAAUGAGCAGAAAUGAUCGUCAAAAAUAUGCCAACACCAACAAAACGGUUUCGAGGAAGGCAGCCAGUGAGAAAAAGUAGCUGGUGAAAAAUGAUUUAGUUGCAUUUGUCUGUGAAAAUACAUAAUCAUAUAUGAACCACGAUGAUUUCUGUGAAAUUGGGCCACUAUAAAAAUAAAUCAAAUUGUUAAAAUCA